CCCAGAUGCACGUUCCUAAUCAGCUGGUAGGUGCGCCUCAAGCCACCGAGGUCCACCUUGAGUGCUUCGUGGAGGCCCAUCCUCGAGCCAUUACUUACUGGGAGUACAGAGACGCCAUGGUCAUGAAUACGACUCGAGUUACAACUCAUACCUUAGAGGACAAUUAUAAGAUUCAUAUGGUACUCCACAUACGAGACCUCCAAGAUGGUGACUUCGGCAUGUACAAGUGUAUCUCAAAAAAUUCCAUCGCGGAGACGGAUGGUUCCAUCACUCUUAAUGAGACAUUUCGACCAACUUCGCCUCCCCAGACGAAGUCUCAGAGACCAGGAGUUGACGAUGACGAGGCAACACGCUGGACUCCAGACCGCCACGGUAGGAAGGACACCAGGAGGAGGAAGGAAGAGGAGAAGAGGAGGCAGGAGAAGGAGCGUGAGGAGGAGGAUAGGAGACGAGGGGAGAAAAGGAGAACCUUGGAUCGUGAACGCCAGAGGCUGGAGAACGACUUCAACAGAGACCAUCGGAACGACCUGGUGACGAGGGUCACCAACGCACCAGUGGGAUGCAGCAUCAGUUGUCUGUUUGCAGUAAACAGACGGAUUGCUGUGACAGCUGGCAUGCUUGUCUACUUGUUUGCCUUCUUUCUACACCGAUAACAACUGGUUAUCCCCAUAGUUGUUUGCUUGUUUGCUCGCGUUUAUUGUCGACUCCAGAUUUGUCACCUGUCACCACCAACACGACACCCACCAACCUCCUUAAUCUCAUCUACACUUUACGGGUAAUUUUAGAUUGAAUCACAAUCAUGUUUUUAUUUGUGUAUAUAUUACAAGCACACACAAACGUAGUCAUAAGCACGCAUGCGCACGGGCACACACAUACACACACACACACACACACACACACAGGUCAGUGUCACUUACAUGUAUAGUAUGCAAAGUCAUGGAGAAGAUUACCAGAAGAGUCGUGGGUCACCAGGAAAGGAAUGAACUUAUCAAUAGCAGCCAGCACGGUUUCAGGAACGGGAAAUCUUGUGUCACAAACCUACUGGAGUUCUAUGAUAAGGUGACAGCAGUAAUACAAGAGAGAGGGGGGGGGGUAUAUUUCGUAUUCUUGGACUGUAAGAAGGCGUUUGACACAGUUCCAAACAAGAGAUUAGUGUAAAAGGUGGAAGUUCAGGCAGGGAUAACAGGGAAGGCACUGCAGUUGAUCAGAGAAUACCUGUCAGAAAGACAACGAGUCAUGGUACGUGACGAGGUGUCAGAGUGGGCGCCUUUGAAGACCAGGGUUCCACAGGGGUCGGUCCUAGGACCAGUGCUGUUUCUGGUAUAUGUGAACGACAUGAUGGAAGGAAUAGACUCAGAAGUGUCCUUGUUUGCAGAUGAUGUGAAGUUGAUGAGAAGAAUUCAAUCGGACGAGAACCAGGCAGAUCUACAAAGAGAUCUGGACAGGCUGCAGGCCUGGUCCAGAAACUGGCUCCUGGAGUUCAACCCCACCAAGUGCUAAUUCAUGAAAAUUAGGGAGGGGUAAAGACUGCAGACGGAACACAGUCUAGGGGGCCUGAAACUACAAACCUCACUCAAAGAAAAAAGAUCUUGGGGUGAGUAUAACACCAUGCACAUCUCCUGAGGCACACAUCAACCAAAUAACUGCUGCAGCAUACGGGCGCCUAGCAAACCUAAGAACAGCAUUCCGACAUCUCAAUAAGGAAUCGUUCAGGACCCUGUACACCGUGUACAUUUGACCUAUAUUGGAGUAUGCAGCACCAGUUUGGAACCGACACCUAGCCAAGCACAUAAGGAAAUUAGAGAAAGUGCAAAGGUUUGCAUCAAGACUAGUCCCGGAGCAGAGGGGCAUGUCCGACGAAGAGAAGUUAAGGGAAAUUGACCUGACGACACUGGAGGGAAGGAGAGAGAGGGGGGAUAUGAUAACGACAUAUAAAUACAGAGGAACUGACAAGGUGGACAGAGACAGGAUGUCCCAGAGAUGGGACAGAAGAGUAAGGCAAGAGUGAUCUAGUAGCGGCCAGUGAAGAGGCGGGGCCAGGAGCUGUGAAUCGACCCCUGCAGUCACAACUAAGUACACACAGGGAAAGGAACGGAUCGAAUUUAGAGAACCAGAAUCAAAAGUAAACAAGCAGCUAAAAGCACCUGUGAGGCACUGGGACAUAAGGACGUAUUUCCUUACUCUCAGAAUGGUGUAAAAAUGGAAAGAGACAAUGGUGGAGGCAAGAUCGGUGCGCAGCUUCAAGAGUACAUCAGUAUUACCCAUCAAAGUAGUUGAGGAAAAGGGACAAGGAGAUCAGUCUCGACCCCCCAAAAUGCAACUAGGUGAACACACACACACACACACACACACACACACACACACACACACACACACUCAUACACAUAGAGGUUAUAUGCAUAUAUAUAAUGUGCCGAAUAGGUAAAACUGGUCAAUUAGCAAGAACUCGUUUAAAAUUAAGUCCUUUCUAAAAUUUUCUCUUAUACGUUUAAAGAUAUAUUUUUUUCAUUAAUGUUAAUGUAAAAAUUUACAAUUUUGCACCGAAAGAAUCGUAGAAAACUUACCUAACCUUAUUAUAACAAGAACAAUUUAUUUUAGCCUAACCCAACUAAAUAUAUUUUAGAUUUGUUUACAAUAACUUAAUACUAAACAAACACAGUGAAAUAUAUAUUUUUUUCGUUAGGUUCAGAAUGAUUUUGGCGAAAUUAUUGCAUACACAAAUUUUCACUUGUCUUAUAUAGCAAGAUGAGCUUUGCUAUUUAAGCCAAGAUCGCAAGUUCUGCCUA